UUUAUUUUUUAUUUUUUAUUUUGAAACAAUGGUAUUAUAUACAUUUAAAAUAUUAUGGUAUUUUUUUUUUUUUUGAAACAAUGGUAUUAUACACAUUUAAAAUAUUAUGGUAUGUAUAAAUACCUAAAUAACCAACUAUGCUUCUUGAGUCCUUGACUUCAAUCUUGCCAUAAACCACAAAAAUAAAAAUCUUCAUCACUUCCAUUUCUUCAUCAAAAAAAAAAAAAAAACUGUAAAAAUGAAAAUCAAAUCCCACCAUCUCCCUCCACUGAUCCUCCUCCUCCUAUGGUACAACACCAAUCAGCACAACGUACAAGCCCAGCAGCUCCCCUCCACCAUCGGCUACAACUGCACCGCCAACCAAUCCUCCACCCCCUGCGACACCUACGUCUUCUACAGAGCCGCCGCGCCGGACUUCCUCGACCUCGCCGCCGUCGGCGAUCUCUUCUCCGUCAGCCGCCCCGCCAUCUCGCGGCCGAGCAACAUCUCCUCCCCCGCCUCGCGCCUCCUCCCCGACCAAACCCUCUUCGUCCCCAUCAAGUGCUCCUGCAACAACGUCAACACCAGCGUCACCAUCUCCUACGCGCCCCAGAACUUCACCAUCAGGAGCGGCGACACCUUCUACCUCGUCUCCACGAUCAGCUACCAAAACCUCACCACUUUCCAAUCCGUGGAGGUCGUGAACCCUAAUUUCACCCCCACGCGGCUCGAGGUCGGAGACGUCAUCGUUUUCCCCAUCUUCUGCAAGUGCCCUACCCCGUCGCAGCUGCGGAGCGGCGUCAAUUACCUAAUCAGCUACGUCUUCCAACCCUCCGACAGCUUGGCCGCCGUCGCAUCGAGGUUAGGAGCGUCGGAGCAGUCGAUCACCGAAGUUAACGGCGGUGAGAUUAAUCCGUUUGACACAAUUUUCGUCCCGGUUUCGAAUUUACCUAAUUUGACGCAGCCUGUGGUUCCGCCUCUCUCUCCUCCGGCGAGAGAGAGGAAAGGGGCGGUGAUCGGGCUGGGGAUCGGGCUUGGAGUGUGUGGGGCGCUGCUGAUUCUGGUGUGUGGGGUUUGGUAUUGUAGAGAGAGAGGGAGAGAGUAUAGGGAUGUGGAGAAGCAGCAGCAGAAGAAAGGGGAUGGAUUGUUGAAGGCGGAGAAGGUGAGUUUGAUGGCUGAUGUCUCCGGCUGCUUGGAUAAGUAUAAAGUGUUCGAAAUCGAGGAAUUGAAAGUUGCAACAGAUGGAUUUGAUGAUAGAUGCAUUAUCGAAGGCUCUGUAUACAAAGGUAAGAUCGAUGGAGAGUGGUAUGCCAUCAAGAAAAUGAAGUGGAAUGCCUAUGAAGAACUCAAGAUCUUGCAGAAGGUGAACCAUGGUAACUUAGUGAGGCUAGAAGGGUUCUGCAUAGAUCAAGAGGAAGGAAAUUGCUACUUAGUGUACGAAUACGCCGAAAACGGCUCUCUUUAUUCAUGGCUUCAUGAAAGCAAGGCUGAGAAAUUGAGUUGGAAAACAAGGCUAAGGAUUGCCAUUGAUGUAGCAAAUGGCCUUCAAUACAUCCACGAGCACACGAGGCCUAAAGUUGUGCACAAGGACAUAAAGAGCAGCAACAUCCUCUUGGACUCGAACAUGAGAGCCAAAAUCGCUAACUUUGGGCUUGCGAAAUCGGGCUGCAAUGCCAUAACAAUGCACAUUGUGGGCACACAGGGCUACAUUGCCCCUGAGUACCUUGCUGAUGGGGUGGUCUCCACCAAGAUGGACGUGUUCUCCUUCGGGGUGGUGCUGCUCGAGCUCAUCUCGGGCCGGGAGGCCCGGGACGAGCAGGGGAACGUGCUGUGGGCUAGUGCUAGUGGAGUUAUGGAUGGCAAGGAGGAGAAGAAGUUGAGGAAGGUUAGGGAGUGGAUGGAUGAAUGCCUUCUCAGAGAGUCGUGCACGAUGGAGAGCGUGUCGAGCGUGAUGGCCGUGGCCGUUGCUUGCCUGCAUAAGGAUCCUGCUAGGAGGCCUAGCAUGGUGGAGAUUGUGUAUGCAUUGUCUAAGAGUGAUGAUCUCUUCUUUGAUGUGUCUGAGGAUAAUGGACUCUCUCCUAGGACGGUGGUUGCUAGGUGAGGCGAGGCGAGGCAGUCGAAUCUCUUCGUUGCAAACGGGGUUUCAUCUUCUGUUCUCGUAUAUAUUGAUGAUGUCAUUCGAUACCAGUGACAUCUUGCGAUGAUAGUGCUAGUUUCUUUAAUGGACUCCUCUCCUAGAGCGGUGGUUGCUAGGCGAGGCGAUGCGAGGCAGUCGGAUCUCUUCGAUGCAAACGGGGGUUCAUCUUCUGUUCGUGUGUAUAUCGAUGAUGUCAUUCAAUAUUAGCGACAUGCUGAGAUGAUAGGGCUAAUUUUUUAAUGGAAGGCUUAUGUUUGAGGCUGUGUAAAUAUAAUGUUUGGAGUUAAUGUGAUUUUUGUAAUAUCAUGUUGUAUAUUUAUCUUCCCUUUAUGCCUAGAAUGUAUACAAGCGAGGUAUCAAAUUUUAUGAGAGGUUUUUUUAAUUAUUUCA